AUGUCAGAACCUGUUGUCAAUGUCCAAGGUCGCGCCUGCAACGUCAUCACUUUCACGCCCCAGCAAUAUGAAGGAGACAAGCGCCUGCCCAGGGAACACACCAGGUGGAUGCUUGGCUUUUGCCAGAAGGUGUUCCGGCGCGAACCGGACGAGACGCAGCAGUUCCUGGACGUUGGCUGCGGUAUCGGAGACCUGACGCGAGAGGAGCUGCUUCCUCGAUGCCUGCCGUGCCGGCGCAUCGUCGCCGUCGACUUGUCGGCCGAAAUGGUGGACCACGCCGCUCGACACUAUCACCACGACAAGCUGCAGUUCCGGAAGUUAGACAUCGAGAGCGAUGAGGACGUGGCCGAGUUCAUCGACGAGCACGGUCUCUUCGACAGGGUGUACUCGUUCCACGCUAUCACCUGGGUGCGAGACCAAGCUAAGGCGCUGAAGAACGUGGCCAGGCUUUUGAAGCCUCGCGGCGAGUGCCUUCUGCUUUUCCACGCGUCCUUGCGGUCAUUCGACGUGAACCAUGAGCUGCUUAAAAUGGAGCGUUGGAGCAAGUAUUCUCACUUGGUCAACCAGAUUGUACUGAAGACGCAAGACAUGAACGGCGACGAGCGCAUUGAAUACAUGUCCAGGAUCCUGGCAGAAGCUGGACUCUCACCGAGCAUUAUAGAGCUUCCAGUGUGCACGUUUUUUGACAACAUGAGCAUCGAAAGCGUGGCUGAGAGUUAUGCCUUGUUGAUUCCGUUGGCAAUGGUAGUGUCCCAGAACGAGAAACCGCAGCUACUCGCAGACGUUGCGCAGGAGACGAUGAAAAUGCACCAUCCGGACAUCGACCGCACUCGCUACAGAAUGUACGUCAUCAAGGCGUCGAAAAUGAACAAAUAG